AUGGCUGGAUAUAUUCAUGUAAUGAUGCUUCCUUGGUCUGCUUUUGGACACCUGAUACCCUUUUUUAAUCUCUCUGUAGCCUUGGCCAAAGCUGGAGUAAGGGUCUCCUUCGUAUCAACCCCAAGAAACAUCAAAAGACUCCCUAAAGUUCCUCCUAAUAUAGAAAAUCUAAUAGAUUUGCUGACGUUCCCAUUGCCAAUCUUGGAUAAAGAACUUUUGCCAGAAGGCUGCGAGGCCACGAUGGACGUUCCUUCCGAGAAAAUUGAGUAUUUGAAGACCGCGUAUGAUCUCCUCCGGAAUCCUGUCAAGCAGUUCAUUUCAGAUCAACGACCAGAUUGGAUAUUCAUUGAUUUCAUCUCUUAUUGGGUAGCUGAAAUUGCCCAAGAGCUCAAAAUCCCCCUCCUUGUUUACAGAGUUUUCUCUGCUUGUCAAUUGGCUUUCAUGGGGCAUCCAGAAUCCCUUGUUGGUGAUGGCCAUAAAAGAAGGAGGCCUUCCCCGGAAAGUUUAACUUCACCACCUGAGUGGGGAGAUUUUCCUUCUCCUGUAGCUUAUAGGAGUUUGGAAGCCAUUAUAAAGGAUUUUAUGAACAGAAUGCUUUUGGUUUCAGAGAUUCUGAAAGGCUUUAUAAAUGUAUUCAGGCAUGUAAAGGUUUUGCUAUACGUAGCUGCUCUGAAUACGAAAGAGAAUACUUUAAUAUAUGUGAGAAGAUAA